GUUCGUCCGUUCCUAUAGCUCAUUCUCUCCCGUUUUGCUUGCGAUUUUUCACUCAAUCAAUAAGACAGAAGCCCAUUCCGUUUUCCUUCAAGAGACUGGCCAGGUUGCAGAACUGAACUCCAUUUCCUGCCUGGAAAACUCAUCCAGGAGAGUUGUCGAUAAUGACGUCUGCAAUAACCCGAGACUGGGUGGGAUUCAACACAUUUGCAGCUGCAACUCAAACCCAAUUGCUUCAAUUGUUUAAAAGACUAAAAGAUGAGAAUGUGAACAAGUUAACAAUACUAGUGAUAGGAAAAUGUGGUGUUGGAAAAUCUUCAACUAUAAAUUCAAUUUUAGGAGAAAAAGCUGUUACUGUCAAUGCUUUUCAGUCGGAAGGACUAAGUCCUGUAAUGGUGUCGCGUUCAAGAACAGGAUUCAUACUAAACAUCAUUGACACUCCUGGGCUCAUAGAAGAGGGAUACAUCAAUAAUCAGGCUAUGGAAAUUAUUAAAAAUUUCCUUCUGAACAAGACCAUAGACAUUCUGCUUUAUGUGGACCGUAUCGAUACUUAUAGAGUGGAUAACCUUGAUACGAUGGUCAUCAGAGCUAUAACAGAUAGUUUUGGCAAAGAAAUAUGGAAAAAGGCUUUGAUAGUUCUUACACAUUGUCAAUCUUCACCUCCAGAUGGAUUAUCUUAUGACGAGUUUUUUUCCAUAAGAUCUCAAGCACUUGUAAAAGUUGUUCAAGAUGGUACUCGGUCGAAGAAAUACGACACUGUGGCUUCUACCAUUCCAUUUGUUUUGGUUGAGAACAGUGGGAAAUGUAACAAGAAUGUAGAUGAUGAAAAGGUUCUUCCAAAUGGGAUUGCAUGGAUUCCUAAUUUGGUCAAAACAAUCAUAGAAGUGGCCAUGAAUGGCUGCAAGUCUAUUUCUGUUGAUAAGAAGCUGAUUGAAGGGCCAAAUCCUAAUGACAGAGGAAAGAGAUAUAUUCCUCUUAUACUUGCAUUCCAAUAUUUCUUUGUGAUAAAGCCUAUACAACGAUCAAUCAAGAGGGAUAUAGCGAGACACUAAACGAUCAUUUGCAGCACGAAAUGCUAAAAGCAAGUUCUGAAGGGCUGUUAUUUUCAAUUGAAGUGGCCCCUUAAUUACAAUUCUAUAGCAUAUGGAAAUUCUUAUUGUUGAUAGAGAACUUUUUGUGUCCUCAAAGUUUUGUAAUUUAGUUUGGAAGUUGGAAAAAUGCAACUUCUUUGUACUUCCCUUUUAUUUCAGCAUGUAGCAUAAAUGAUCUACUCCGAGUCAUAGCAUGAUUUUUAUUAUCAAUAAGGCGAGUAAUACGAUCGUUACUAAUAAUUAUACACAAACAAUGA